AUGCUUCAGUCAUUUGCGACAUAUCUAGACAACCCAUCCAUCAACUGGAAGGCGAUUGUCACGUCUCUUUUAAUUGGCAAAUACGCCUUUGAAACGUACAUCAACUACAGACAAUAUCAAGUCUACCAUAGAACGAAACCGCCAGCUUCGAUCGAAAAAGAAUUUACCCCAGAGGUGUUUCACAAGAGUCAAGCUUACUCUCGAGCAAAGUCAAGAUUCGGCUUUGUUUCAGAUGCAAUUGAUUUGUUGAAGGAUUUAGCUGUUCUCAAAUUCGACUUGUUGCCUCGCCUUUGGUCCGUGGCUGGUUGCGUUUCUAGUCGCUUAGGCGGUGUGCAAUUCAUUGGUAGGUUUUUUGGUGCUAGUGUGAUGCUGCAGAGCAUUGUAUUUUUCGCCAUCAACUCCGUCAUCUCCACAUUGGAGGAAUUGCCCUUGUCCUACUAUAAGACCUUUGUUCUUGAGCAGGAAUGGGGGUUCAAUAAGACCACGCUUACAACAUUUGUGAAGGAUACAGUGAAAUCGCUUGUCAUCGGAAUUACCCUCUCUUCGCCUUUUAUCUACUUGUUUUUGAGAAUUGUUGAUGCCUACGGCCCCGGGUUUGUUAAAUACGCCAUGGGCUUGACCUUGGCGGCGCAAUUGAUCCUCAUGACCCUUUUCCCUAUCUUGAUUCUCCCAUUAUUCUAUAAAAUGACUCCAUUGGAGGAUGGCGAAUUGAAAACAGAGAUUGAAGCAUUGGCAAAGAGAAACGAGUUUCCUCUCACUCACUUGUAUGUCAUUGAUGGUUCCACAAGAAGUGCCCACUCAAACGCCAUGUUUGUCGGCUUGCCCUGGAGCAAGAAGAUUUUGCUUUACGACACCUUGAUUGAACAAAGCACCGUGCCCCAGGUGGUAGCCGUGUUGGCCCACGAGAUCGGCCACUGGAGAUUGAACCAUUUGCCACAAAUGAUGGCCUUCUCCCAACUCUCGGUUGCCAUCACGUUUGUCUUGUUUUCUGCGUUCCUCACCAACAAAUCGCUCUUCCAGUCCUUCGCUUUCCCUGCCAACGGGCCCCCAUUGGUUGCAUUUAUGCUUUUCAGCUACGUGAGCUCCCCUAUCAACUGUCUUGUGCAAUUCUUCAGCAACCUCUUGUCUAGAAAGAACGAAUACCAGGCAGAUGCAUACGCCGAGAAGCAAGGCUACAAGGAUGAGUUGGCUACCUCCUUGAUUACCAUGUGCACAGAAAACUUGAGCUCCAUGAACACCGAUUGGUUGUACUCUUCCUACAACCACUCCCACCCAAUUUUGGCCGACAGGUUGAGCGCUCUCGGCUACAAGUCGGAGUCCAAGGUGGGCAAUCUCCACUUGGACAUAGAAAAGAAGGACGAAGAGAAGACAGAAUAA